UAUUCUCUAUCAGAAGCAUCAUCUUUGCAACCAUUCGACUUUAAGUCCUGUCGAAGCAAACUAGAGAAUCAUUACCAAAAAACAGCAACUGUGCCCACUUCUGUUUGGAGUAAAAGAUCCGUCGUUGACAUUCACCAGAUCUACACAAGACUCUCCUGGGUGAAACAGGAACAAACUCCAGCUGAAGCAACACAGUCUGAGCUGAAGAAUUACACUGACCUUUUCACAGCAAACAAGAGCGGCGUCAUUCCAAAGAGAAUACUCGUACAAGGGCAGACGGGAAUUGGAAAGAGCACGUUUGUUAAGAAGCUGCUUGUAGACUGGGUUGAAGUUAAUAAGGCGGCUGGUGAUCAGCAAGCAGCUGUUCUGAAGAAUUUUGAGCUUGUGGUUGCGGUGAAUCUCAAAGAAGUUUCCAAAUGUCAGAGCCUUAAAGAAGUCAUAAGAUUAUCCAAUGUGUUUGCAAAGGAGGACAAAUAUAUGACAGAAGGUCUUGUUGAUUAUAUCAGUAACAACCAAGAGAAAGUUCUUCUGAUCUUUGACGGCUACGACGAAUAUCGCAUUGGACGCAACUCAGAAAUAUACGAGAUUUUUAGUGGAAAUAGCCUGAGAAGCUGCUGCGUAUUAAUUACAACUCGUAUUUCAAGAGCUGACGAGCUGCGAGAAGGUAAAGACCUGCUUGCUGAAAUCACAGGGUUCAGCGAAGUAGACAGAAAAGAAUUCAUGCGAAGAUUCCUUGAUAGCGAGGAAGUGUCAAACUUGCAAGAUCACUUGAAGAGGAGAAAAUUGGACGAACUGGCUAAAGUCCCCUUACUUCUCCUGUUUUUCUGUACUUUGUGGAAAAGGGGACAGUCAAAACACUUUCCAAAGACUAAAACUAGUUUAUAUAUGGCUAUUGUCCAAUUUAUUUUAGAUCACAGCCAGAGCAAGCAAUCACUACCUCAAUAUGAUGAAGUGGCUUCUUUUAAAGAAAUCCUCUCAGAAAUAGGUAAAAUCGCUUUACAAGGUCUUCUGAAGGAUGAUCAUUUGUUUGAAUACAGUCAGUUAUCCGAUUCUGUCCGUUGUGAUGAAAGCGUCUUUAUCGGUUUGCUUCAAAUCACCGAUUACACAGAAGCCUUACGACCAGUUGGAAUGGUCUCCUUUAUUCACAAGAGCAUACAGGAGUUUCUGGCUGCAUGGUACAUCACCUACAGAUGUUUACCUGAAGGCGGAAAUCUUGGUGAAAUUGCAGAGAAAUUCGAGGAGUGCAUGGCUUUAGAGAAUGUUUUCCCAUUUCUAUGUGGCUUGAGUCGAGAUGGAGCAUUAGCGACUUUCAGGCAUUUGAAGUCUGUCAGAAUGUCAGAUCCUUCGAUGGAUUUAUCUAAGACAGUGCCGGACGUAGAAGGCGAGACAGAUGCGCCACUGAGUGACGUCACUGAUCGUCAGAGGAAAUUCAGCGAUUUGGUUUCAAAUGCAUUUGAAGAGGUUGAAUUAAAAGCUGAGCUUUCCAGGGCUUGCUUAGAUUCGCUUGGGAGUAUCCUUCUUGUUUCAGAGUCAUUCCCUGAUUACCUCUUGGUAGAUGCGAUUGAUACAAACACUUGGUCUUUGGUGUCGAAUGAUAGUCACCGGUAUCUUGGACACGGACAAGGAACAAUCUCGAGACUUCAUGAGAUCGUUAAAAAACUGAUUACCCAAGGUUCUGAAGUUCUCAAAGUUGCUGAAUUUUUAGAAAAAUUCGUACAUGUUUGUCAUUGUUUUUUUUGUGAUUUUUCCUUUGUACUUUGUUUCCGUAAUGGCCAGGUCUACUUGUACAUCACACACUUAACGGUUGCGCACUGCGACAACCACGCCAGACUAAUCACUGACAAUAUUGUUUCUUCUCGUUCAGUUCGACAAAGUUCAGGUCAUUUAAGUCUUAAAUUUCUGAAAACUCUAGAGAGCAGUUUCAUUAAAAUUUCAGUGAAGAGUCUUGUUGCAACCAUCAAAAACUGUAAUCACUUGGAACACAUUGAAGUUUCACUCAGUAAUAGCUCCUUAUCUCAUAUCUUAAAGCAUGUACCAAAUCCUCGCAGAUGCUCUUUAUCUAUCACUUGUCCUUACUUAACAUCAAAGAGAGCAGUAGAGCUUGCAUCUUUGUUGCCAAAGUUUAAACGUGUCAUUAGUCUUUCCCUUAUCUCGCCUAAAUGUUCUACCGAAGCAGUAACAAGACUGGUUGCCUCUAUCAAGCACAAUACCCUCGAGGAUCUACUGCUGCAUGGAAUAAACCUGACAACUGCAGCAGCCGAGGCGCUCGGCCAGUCGCUGUCUGAAUUAUCAGCCUUGCAAACACUUAAGAUAAGUUUCGUGACUUUAUGCUCUGCUGAAGCAGGAACAAGACUUUUUGCCGGUAUCAAGCACAAGACUCUCAAGAAUCUGGAACUGAGUCACAUCAACCUGACAACUGCAGCAGCCGAAUCGCUCGGCCAGUCGCUGUCUGAAUUAUCAGCCUUGCAAAAACUGGAGAUAAGUGGCGUGACUUUAUGCUCUGCUGAAGCAGGAACAAGACUUUUUGCCGGUAUCAAGCACAAAACUCUUGAGGAAAUGAGACUGUGUAAAAUCAACCUCACGACUGCAGCAGCCGAGUCGCUCGGCCAGUCGCUGUCUGAAUUAUCAGUCUUGCAAACACUGGAGAUAAGUCGCGUGACUUUAUGCCCUGCUGAAGCAGGAACAAGACUUUUUGCCGGUAUCAAGAACAAGACUCUUGAGGAAUUGAAACUGCGUGAAAUCAACCUGACAACUGCAGCAGCCGAAUCGCUCGGCCAGUCGCUGUCUGAAUUAUCAGCCUUGCAAACACUGGAGAUAAGUAACGUGACUUUAUGCUCUGCUGAAGCAGGAACAAGACUUUUUGCCGGUAUCAAGAACAAGACUCUUGAGCAAUUGAAACUGCGUGAAAUCAACCUGACAACUGCAGCAGCCGAAUCGCUCGGCCAGUCGCUGUCUGAAUUAUCAGCCUUGCAAGUACUGGAGAUAAGUGGCGUGACUUUAUGCUCUGCUGAAGCAGGAACAAGACUUUUUGCCGGUAUCAAGCACAAGACUCUCAAGAAUCUGGAACUGAGUAAAAUCAACCUGACAACUGCAGCAGCCGAAUCGCUCGGCCAGUCGCUGUCUGAAUUAUCAGCCUUGGAAGUACUGGAGAUAAGUGGCGUGACUUUAUGCUCUGCUGAUGCAGGAAGAAGACUUUUUGCCGGUAUCAAGCACAAGACCCUCGUGUAUUUGGUACUGAGUGAAAUAAACCUGACAACUGCAGCAGCCGAAUCGCUCGGCCAGUCGCUGUCUGAAUUAUCAGCCUUGCAAACACUGGAGAUAAGUGGCGUGACUUUCUGCUCUGCUAAAGCAGGAACAAGACUUUUUGCCGGUAUCAAGCACAAGACUCUCGAGGAUCUGGAACUGAGUACAAUAAACCUGACAACUGCGGCAGCCGAGUCGCUCGGUCAAUCGCUGCCUGAAUUAUCAGCCUUACGAAGAUUGAAAGUAAGUGGCUUGAUAAAAUGUUCUGAUGAUGCAGUAACAAGAUUGAUUACCGCUAUCAAGCACAAGGCUCUCGAGGAACUGGAACUCAGUGAAAUGAACCUGACGCCAACAGCAGCCGUUGCGCUGGGUCAGUCGCUGCGGGAAUUGCCAUCCUUACAAAACCUGACGAUAAGUGGCAGUUUGGAGUUAGAGUUUUCAGUAUUACGAAAACUGAAGAUAAGUGGCGUGACUGAAUUAUCUGCUGAAGCGGUAACAAGAUUAAUUGACGUUAUUAAGCAAAAGCCUCUUGAGAAACUGGAAGUCCAGUGUCCGACGUCAGCAAUAGCGAAGGCGCUUGGUCAGUUGCUGCCUGAAUUAUCAGCCCUACAAACACUGAAGAUAAGCAGUUUGGCAGAAUGCCCUGAUGAUGCAGUAACAAAAUUAGUUACCGCUGUCAAGCACAAAACUCUCAACAAACUGGAUCUGUGUGAAAUAAACCUGACGUUAACAACUGCCGAGUCGCUCGCUCAGUCUCUGGCUGAAUUACCAGCUCUACAAACAUUAACGAUAAGUGGCUUGACUGAAUGCUCUGAUGAAGCGGUAACAAAAUUGGUUUCCGCAAUCAAGCACACGACUCUCGAGGAACUGGAACUGAGUGAAAUGAACCUGACGUCAGCAGCAGCCGUGACGCUGUGUCAGUCGUUGCCUGAUUUGCCAUCCCUACAAAAACUGGAUAUAAGUGGCUCGGAUGGAUGCAGUUUGCAGUUAGAGUUUCCAGUAUUACGAGAACUGAAGAUAAAACGGUGGCCUGAAUUCUCUGCUGAAGCAGUAACAAGAUUGAUUAACGUUAUUAAGCACAAGCCUCUUGAGAAACUGGAACUAAGUGAAACCCACCUGAUGUCAGCAGUAGCCGAGGCGCUUGGUCAGUUGCUGCCUGAAUUAUCGGCCCUACAAACACUACAGAUAAGUGGUUUGGCACAAUGCUCUGAUGAUGUAGUAACAAAAUUGGUUACCGCUAUCAAGCACAAGACUCUCGAGAAAUUGACACUGUGUGAAAUGAACCUGACGUCAACAAUUGCCAAGUCGCUCGUUCAGUCGCUGCCUGAAUUAACAGCUUUACGAACAUUGAAAUUAAGUGGCCUGAUAAAAUGCUCUGAUGAAGUAGCAACAAGAUUGGGUGCCGUUAUCAAGCACAAGACUCUCGAGAAACUGGACCUGAGUGAAAUCCAUCUGACAUCCGCAGUAACCGAGUCACUUGGUCAGUCGCUGCCUGAAUUGUCAGCUUUACGAACGUUGAAAGUAAGUGGCUUGAUAGAAUGUUCUGAUGAUGCAGUAACAAGAUUGGUUGCCGCUAUCAAGCACAAGACUCUUGAGGAACUGGAACUGAGUAAAAUCAACUCGACGCCAGUUGCUGCCGUGAUGCUGGGUCAGUCGCUGCCUGAAUUACAUUUCCUACAAAAACUGAAGAUAAGUGGCUCGGAUGGAUUCAGUUUGCAGUUAGUUUUCCUAAAACUGCAGAUACGUGGCUUGACUGAAUUCUCUGCUGCAGCAGUAGCGAGAUUGAUUGAUGUUAUUAAGAAUAAGCCCUUUAAGAAACUGGAAUUGAUUGAAAUCAACCUGACGUCAGCAGUAGCCGAGGCGCUCAGUCAGUUGCUGCCUGAAUUAUCAGCCUUACAAACACUAAAGAUAGAUGGCUUGACUGAAUGGUCUGACGGAGCAGGAACAAGACUUUUUGCUGCUUUCAAACACAAGACUCUCAAGGAACUGGACUUGAGUAAAAUCAACGUGACGUCAGCAGCAAUGGGGGCGCUUGGUCAGUCGCUGCCUGAAUUAUCAGCUUUACAAACACUGAAGUUAAGUGGCUUGACUGAAUACUCUGAUCAAGCGGUAACAAAAUUGGUUGCCGCUAUCAAGCACAAAACUCUCCAGAAACUGGAACUAAGUGAAAUCAAUUUGGCGUCAGUAGCGGCCGAGGCGCUUGGUCAGUCGCUGCCUGAAUUAACGGCCUUACGAACACUGAUGAUAAGUGGCUUGACUGAAUGCUCUGAUGAAGCGGUAACAGAAUUGGUUGCCGCUAUCAAGCUAGAGACUCUCGUGGAACUGGAACUGAGUGAAAUGAACCUGACGUCAGCAGCAGCCGUAGCGCUGGGUCAGUCGCUGUCUGAAUUGCCAUCCUUACAAAACCUGACGAUAAGUGGCUCGGAUGGAUGCAGUUUGCAGUUAAAGUUUUCAUUAUUUCGAGAGCUGAAGAUAAGUGGCGUGACUGAAUUGUCUGCUGAAGCAGUAACAAGAUUGAUUGAUGUUAUUAAGAAUAAGCCCUUUGAGGAACUGGAAUUAAGUGAAAUAGACCUGACGUCAGCAGUAGCCGAGGCGCUCGGUCAGUUACUGCCUGAAUUAUCAGCCCUACAAACACUGAAGAUAAGUGGCUUGACUGAAUCCUCUGAUGAAGCGGUAACAGAAUUGGUUGCCGCUAUCAAGCUAGAGACUCUCGAGGAACUGGAACUGAGUGAAAUAAACCUGACGUCAGCAGCAGCCGUAGCGCUGGGUCAGUCGCUGUCUGAAUUGCCAUCCUUACAAAACCUGACGAUAAGUGGCUCGGAUGGAUGCAGUUUGCAGUUAGAGUUUUCAUUAUUUCGAGAACUGAAGAUAAGUGGCGUGACUGAAUUGUCUGCUGAAGCAGUAACAAGAUUGAUUGAUGUUAUUAAGAAUAAGCCCUUUGAGGAACUGGAAUUAAGUGAAAUAGACCUGACGUCAGCAGUAGCCGAGGCGCUCGGUCAGUUACUGCCUGAAUUAUCAGCCCUACAAACACUGAAGAUAAGUGGCUUGACUGAAUGCUCUGAUCUCGAGGAAGUGGAACUGAGUGAAAUCAGCGUGACGUCAGUAGCAGCCGAGACGCUUGGUCAGUCGCUACCUGAAUUAUCGGCCUUACAAACACUGGUGAUAAGUGGCUUGGAUGAAUGCAGGUUGCAGCAUAAGGAAGUGGAGGCGUUGUUUGGCAGAUUUAACAGACCGUCUUCUUUAAAGGAAUUGUGGUUUACUGAUUUCACUGCGAGAGGAAGUCUUGCUCCCCUUGUGAAAAACCUGCGCCUCUUCCCCUGCUUGAAAGUAUUAAAACUUGAAGACUUAGCUAUGGGUGAAGGUGACUUGUCUGGUUUGCUCGAGAAUUUGAAAUUCACGCCUGAUCUUCAUUGUUUGUACCUGAGGGGCAAUCCACUGGGACACGCAGUAAGAUCAAUGGUCCCAUACUUGCUUGGACAGCAAAAACUUAAAGUGGUUUAUUUUCGGCGAGGAGAUUGUUCAGAAGAAGAUUUGAAGUAUGUUCAGGAGGCCGUCAAAGAAAAACAACCUCGACUGAAUAUUGAAACGUUACCGUAG